AUGGAACAUCCUGGCCUGCUGAAUUUCAAUCUAAAGGAUGUCCUUGGAAAGCUGGACAAAACUGAGCUGGACGAUUUCAAGAAUGCAUUAAAGAAAUGUUCUCUGCCAGAUAUGCUGAAACAGGUCCCCAAGCUGACGGUGAACCUGGCCAAUGGAGCUCAGCUGGCCGAAAUUCUCACAGGAUACUGCCCCAGUGGCUGGCUAGAGAAAGUCACUGUCCAGAUAUUAGAGGAGAUGAACCGUGCAGACCUAGCUGGGUUAGUAACAAAACAACUGGAAGAAGCAGCAUUGAAAUCACCCAAGAAAGUUUCUUCUGCACCAAAGGAGGACACAGGCACUCUCUUUUUCAUGGAGAAAGAAGCACAAGGAGCUGAAAAACCAGAACACAGGCAUAAAAAGUUGUGGAAGAGUGAAUACACAGAUAAAUGGAGGAAGAGCCUCUGGCCUAAAUACAAUGAAGACAUCUACGUGGAUACAGAGAGCUACAGAGCACUCAUGCUGGCUUGUAAUCCAAAGGCAGAGAUGCCAUUUGCUCACACAGUCGUCCUGCACGGCCCUCCAGGCUCUGGGAAAAGCACAAUGGCAAAGAGGCUAAUGGUAGAAUGGUCAGAGAGCAAGCAGGCCCAGAUGUUCCCAUGUGCCUUCUACAUCAGCUGCAGGGAAAUUAACAAUAUUGAUCCUUGUACUUUUGCACACCUCCUCUUCAUGGACAAUAACUCCUGGAGGGCUCAUGUGACACAGCAAAUAGGCUGGGACAGGAAAUUCCUGUUUGUGGUGGACGGUUUUGAUGAGCUGGUAGCCCCAGCAGGAGCUCUGCUCUGUGACCUCUGUGGUGACUGGGACACAGUGCAGCCUGCAGCUGUCUUACUGACCAGCUUGCUCAAGAGGAAGAUGGCACCUCACGCCACACUGCUAGUGACCACACGGAGAAAGGCUUUGAAGCAAAUCCACCUCAUGACAGAUCAGCCCAUGCUCAUAGAGACGAAGGGCUUCUCGGAGCAGGAAAUACAGGAGUACUUUCGGAAAUACUUUAACGGUGAGGAGGGUGAAGAUGAGGAGCAGGAGGAAGAGGAGAAGGAAGGGGAGGAGAAGGAACUGCGAGCUCUUAGUGCAGUGAGGGGUAACGCUUCUCUCUUCCGAAUGGCCUCCCUUCCUGCCACAUGCGGGCUACUCUGCCUCUCCCUGGAGCUCGGGAUGAAGAGCGGGGAAGACCCUGCCCUGACAUGCCAGACCCAUACCUGCAUGUUCCUGAGCUUCCUCUGCAGAGUCUUCUCACUAGAAACCUCUGAAGGCAGUCUCAACACAGAACUCCACACCUUAUUCAAGAAAAUAUGCACGCUGGCUGCUGAUAGUCUGUUGGAACAGCUGCCCAUACUCCGUGAGGAAGACUUCCUGAAAUUACAAUUGGACCCAAAUAAGUUGCAUCCCAUAAUAUACAAGUACAUCCUCCUUCAAAAUUGUUCCAGUAAAUGUCUCUCCUUCAGCUGUCUUGGUAUCCAGCAGCUCCUGGCUGCCAUAAUAUUUGUUCAGGAACUUGAGCAGGAAGGCAAGAAUGUCUCAAAAUAUAGUAUACAGAAUAUGCUUUCGAGGGAAGCAAGAUUAAAAAACCCCAACUUGUCUGGACUGCUGCUGUUUGUAUUUGGCCUCUUGAAUGAGACUUGGAUUCAAAAGUUGAAGACCAUUUUAGGCUGCCAAAUAUCAAUCGGAGUCAAGAAGAAAUUCCUGGAGUGUGAGUCGGGGGAAAACAAACCCUUCCUCUUGUUGAUGGAUCUACCAGAGAUUUUGUCCUGUCUCUAUGAGUCUCAGGAGGAGGGCCUUGUGAAGGAAGCCAUGGCCCUCUUUGAGGAAAUCUCCUUGCAUUUGAAAACCAACACAGAUCUCAUGUAUGCUUCAUUCUGCCUCAAGAAUUCUCAGAACUUACGGACAAUGUCCCUGCAAGUAGAAAAGGGUGUCUUCCCAGAGAACGAUGUUUCACUGGAGUCCACAGCUCAAGAUCAAAGGUCCCAGGAUGACCAGCACCUGUUAACUGUCUGGACAGACUUUUGUGACAUGUUUAAUUCAAAUGAAAAACUGGUUUCUCUGGACAUCAGUGAAAGCUUCUUCAACAGCUCCUUGCUGCAGAUUCUUUGUGAAAAGCUGCCCUCUGCUCCCUGUCGUCUCCAGAAAGUAGUCCUCAAAAAUAUUUCCCCAGAUGAUGCUUACGAGAAAUUGUGCCUCAUUUUUAAUGGUUAUGAAACCCUCUCACAUCUGACCCUGGAAGGUGGCAACCUGAACACUGUGCUUCCCUCCCUCUGUGAGGUUGUGAAAAAUCCAGCAUGUAAACUGCAGUUUCUCAGGCUGGGAUCUUGUUCUACCACUAUUGAGAAAUGGGAUGACUUCUUCCCAGCCCUGAACGUCAGUCAAGUCCUGACAUGUCUGGAUCUUACAGACAGUGAACUCUCAGACAAGGGUGCCAAGCUGCUGUGUAACACUUGGAAGCAAUCAACGUGCAAGCUUCAGAGGGUAUCGCUGGAGAACUGUCGCCUCACCGAAGACUGUUGCAAGGACCUCUCUCUUGUGAUCAUCAGCCAGACUCUGACACACCUCAACCUGGCCAAAAACAUUCUUGGAGAUGAUGGAAUAAAAAUCCUGUGUGAAAGCUUAAGCCACACAAAAUGUAUACUACAGACCCUAGUAUUGUGGUCCUGCAACAUCACCAGCAAUGGCUGCCACCACAUCGCAAAGAUGCUCAGACAAACACAGAGCCUGGAGCAUUUGGAUCUGGGGCAAAAUCGCAUUGGAACCGUAGGUGCAAAGAUUCUGUGUGAGGUUUUGAAGGAAUCAAAAUCUCAGACUAACUUGAAAAGUCUAUGGCUGUGUGGAUGCUCCAUCACACCACUCUGCUGCAAAGACAUUUCUGAGACUCUGAGAAAAAACAAAAGCCUGAACACUCUAGACCUAGCUCAUAACACAUUGGGAACUGAUGCAGUAAAGACAUUCUGUGAAGAACUGAAACUUAAAGUUUGCCCACUUCAAACACUCAGGUUAAAAUUUGAUGGAGCUAACCCCAGUAUCCAGAAGCUAAUCCAAGAAAUGAAAGAGAGCCAUCCACAACUGACCAUUAAGAAUGACCAACUGGAUUCUAAAAAAAAGGGACCUUCUCUCCCUCAUUGCAUUUUCUGA